AUGUCGCGGCUCUCGGUGCUCUCGGCGCUGAGAUCACGGCCUCGGCUCGCAGCGCUGGCGGCUAAGCUCUACGCGGUUGCUGUUGACAUUGAUCGCUGGAGCUACAGCAGUGGGCUGAGACACAGAUACACCUUUGACGGGCGCAAGGUCAUUGCUGUCGGCAAUGUCGAGUGGGGAGGGACCGGCAAGACGCCGAUGGCUGCCUGGCUCGCAUUGCGAUACGCGUCAGCCGCGACUCCGCUCGCCAUCGUCUCCGCCGCUCGCGACGAGGCCGCUAUGCUCGCCACCGAGUGCCAGACGCAGCACGCCACCGUCGUCGCUGUCCCGCCAGGUGCCCGCAAGGCUGCCUACGCUGCUGCGGUGGUGCCAAGCGCCGUGUCGACGCUUGUCUUUGACGACGCCUGUCAGCACUGGCCGCUCGUCCCACACGUCGCCAUUGGCAUGGUCAACCCGCUCUCGCCGCAUGGCAUGCCCCAUCCUCGCUGCGCAGCCCGUUCGCUUGCACCGCUCGGUACCCAUCGCGAGCGAGCUGCGCGCUGGCUCGCCUCGCUCGACCUGGUCAUCAUCCACCACGCCCAGAUCGCCGCGAGCGAGCAACGCCUCCCGGCCGCCAUCUCCAACCUGGAAGCAUAUAGCGUCGCUCCAGACAAGCGCGUCUUCUCGCGCAUGUCCGAUCCCGUCUUCCGCCAUCACACCGAGGCUGUCAAGGCACCAUCGUCGCCACUUCUCACCUCGCCACUGCUACUCUCGGGCCUUGGCUCGCCACAGGCAUUUGAAGCGACGAUUGCUGCGUCGCUGCCCACGACAUCGCACCUCGUCCACGCCAUUUACGACGACCAUCACGCGUGGACCGCUGCCGAAGCAAACGCGCUUGUUACAGACGCCGCCCACGCCGGGCAUUCGGCUCUGCUGCUCUCGGCAAAAGACUGGGCGCGAUCAGGAGGAGUACUUACAGCCGCGGCGGAGUCUGUCGGCCUCCCGCUAGUCACCGCGUCUGCCGUCCUCCAAAUCUCGUCUUCAGCCACAGACUGGAGCGCCGCAGCGCAGGCGCAAGGUGCGGCGAUAGUCGAUAGUGUGACUGGCCUCUUGCCUGACGGCCGAAGCAGUUGA